AUGGAUGCCGCAAAUAAGCGCCGUGGGCUUGUCGACAGUGAUGUAAAAGCCACCGAGAGCGCGCGGAGCCUUCCUUCCAACCGCCGUACAAGUGCUCGCCCCACAUCGUCGGGAUCGUGGAUCGGCGCGCCACUAGUGUACGCCGUCGUGACGUUCUUCUGCUUUAUGGUUUUGCUACACGUGUGGCAAUUUUCCACGUCACAAUUGCACCCAAAGCUACUCACGCCGUUUUACAACAAAACGAUGGUGCAAUUCUCGACAAAGUUUGGCGCAUUUACGAUCGACUUGUACCCGGAGCACGCCCCCAAGACUGUAGCCGCCUUUGAAAAGCUUGUGCAUAGCGGCUUUUAUCUCAAAGACGCCGGCUUCUACUACAACGAGCCGAAGUAUGUAUUACAGGGAGGGGGGUUCCUUUUUGACAAAAAGUCACCCAUAAGUAAUCUCCCUGUAGAGUAUAGCGCCCCUAGCACCGAGAGAAUGGUGGUCAUCGCUCGAAGCCACAAGUCGGACUCGGGCAACACUGAAUUCGCCAUAAUGCUACACGACAAUACUGAAAGGAACAAACCGGACGAUGAUGAACCAGGCUACACGACAUUUGGACGUGUUGUCGAAGGUUGGCACACGAUCGAGUCCAUUUCGAAGAAAAUGUUGCCCGGAUUUUUGGCUAAAGAAGAUCGCGACCGCCAGAUUGACUUUGAAAAGGUUGAAUUUGUACAGAGACUCACAAAUGAUGAUUAUGAAGCCAGAAUGCGUCUUGAAGAGCUGACGUUCGCUCUGGAGGCCCCCCAUAGUGUGGUCAUCAUCUCUGAGAAGGACUGUCCGGAGAAAAAGGAAUUGCAGAAAAUACUUCACAAGUUCCGUACAACAGUGCGCACGAAGGAGAUUGGCUUUGCUAACCACAUUCCGUACGAGCUUGAGGCGGUCGAGGCACUGACUGGUCUCGCAUCGCUGCCUCUUGUAUUCAUUAAUGGCAAGUACUUUGGCGGCUUGCGUGAAGUACAAAAGAUGGAGCAGACAGGUUCACUUCGUUUGAUGCUGGAAAAAAGUGGCACGCUUGCUGAGGAUACUGUUUGGUCGGCCAUCAACCAAAACCCUCUCGUGCUGUUCAGCAAGUCGUACUGUCCGUACUGCAAAAAGACAAAGGAGACAUUGGCGAGCGUCGGUUCUAAACCCAUUGUAUUCGAAUUGGAUACUCGUGAAGAUGGAGCUGCUAUCCAAGCUUUUCUUUUUCGGUUGACGCGCCAGUCCACUGUACCCAACCUCUUUAUUAAGGGAAAAAGUGUCGGAGGAAAUGAUAAUGUGCAGGAAUUGGAGCGGUCUGGCGAAUUAGUGGAUCGUCUCAAAAAGGCUCGAGUCCUCGACUAA